AUGGCUGAUGCGUUUACCUACAAGCAAUGCCUGUCUCGCUCAGUGUACUUGCUGUGCACGCUUCUUGUUAAUGUCUCUUGUUGCGUAAAGCCUUUGAUCAUUGCACACAUGGACGAAGACUUUGUCAUAGAAUUUAAGAGAAUCCUUAAAUUACGGGAAAGUAGAAAAGUCGGCAUCGACAGCAAUGUGGAAGGUAGCAAGCUUGAAGAAGAUCCCAAGUUUAUGCCAGAAACUAGAAAGUAUUACUGUAAAAUGGAGGAAGGCGAUUUUAAUAUAAAGACCGAAGAGUCUGCUUCAGUUGUUGUGGUCAGGUCAGUUUGUUGGGAUAUUUUGGAUAUGUUUUUGAAGGUUUGUGAAGAAGCCAAGUGCCCCAAUAUUAGUGAAUGCUGGGGUGGAGGGGAACAUGAAACAGCAACAGCAACCAUCAAUAUCGUUUGGAAAAUUCUCGAUGAUUCUGAUCUAUUUCAGAUACUCGGUGACCAGUGCACAGGAGCCUGUAUAAGAUUCUACUCUGUGAAAACCAACAAGAAACCUCAUCCGCCUGAUCCCAUGGAGCCGUCUAACACUGCAGAGGCCAUCAGUCGCUGGGGUCUGGACUAUGUAGUUAUCACCUCUGUUGACAGAGACGACUUACCAGAUGGUGGAGCUGCUCAUUUUGCAGAGACAGUGACACAAAUCAAAAAGAGAAAUCCGUCCAUUCUUGUGGAAUGUUUGACUAGAGAUUUCCGAGGUGACCUCAAAGGUGUAGAGGCUGUUGUCAAAUCAGGACUGAAUGUGUACGCUCACAAUGUGGAGACAGUUAACAGGCUACAGUUGUGAGUUCACUGAUUUUUAUCCCAUUAUUA